CCAAGUAUGUGGACCAAAUCGCAAGGGAGCCAAAUCUGGCGAACUAUAUAUGAAUUCGAUUUCGGUAGACUCGAUGCACUUUCUUUGAUUGCUAAAAGUGGUGGGUGAAAGCAGCGUAGAAAGAGAAAGUCUCAGAUUUCGUUUUUCAUUUUUCUCUCUCUUGUGAGGUGGAAAAAUGGCGUCAGAUCCGAAAGUCCACACGUUCGAGGAGGUUGCGAAGCAUAAUAAGACUAAGGAUUGUUGGCUGAUUAUCAGUGGAAAGGUUUAUGAUGUAACUCCAUUCAUGGAUGAUCACCCUGGAGGUGAUGAAGUAUUGCUAUCUGCAACUGGAAAAGAUGCAACAAACGACUUUGAAGAUGUUGGCCACAGUGAUUCUGCUAGGGAGAUGAUGGACAAAUAUUACAUUGGGGAGAUCGACAUGGCAACGGUUCCCCUUAAACGCGCAUACACACCUCCUCAACAAGCACAUUACAAUCCAGAUAAGACUCCGGAGUUUGUGAUCAAGAUUUUGCAGUUCCUCGUCCCUCUUCUGAUCUUGGGGUUGGCAUUUGCAGUUCGACACUACACCAAAGAGAAAGAGAAAUGAGCACCUAGAAUUAGGAUCUUUACCUUAUUAUGGUCAUUUUAUCUUGUUUAAGAAGUUGAGUUGAAUGGACAAAAUUGUUCCCCAUUUAAGCUAUCAAAUUUGUGGAUGCUGAAAUUCUUGAUGAGUUGCCUGUUUGGUCCAUUUGUCUACUUCAGUGCUCUAAUGAGGCUUUUACCUGAUCACCCUGAUGCUUGUCCUUGUUCUCUAAUGCUUUGUCCGAACAGACUUCUCCGUGUUUAUUUAAUUUAAAUGUUUUUC